AAUACAUUGGAAGAAUGCCAUUUGUGUCAAUGCCAAAACGGAGUGCAUUUGUGAAAGAACAUGAUUAGUAGUACCGUGUCGAGCGACCUUUCCUUAAAUAUAAUUACAGCAAAGGAAAGUUUGGAGGUAUUCCCAUCAGUCCCGUGUACUUCUCUCAUACAAACUCCUUAUACUAAAAUCGCAGAUUGGAGAAAAACAGAAAAUUCCCAUGAUUUGACAAUAUGUUGUAAGUCAGUUCAUCAGAAUGGCGGAUCUUGCUCACAGAGGACUAGGAAAAAGAUAACUGGAAAUAUUCGAAUGCUUGGAGAUUUGCCAGAAUCACUUUUGGAUAAACCAGUGGAUAAUUUUCAAGGUUUACUUCCUAAUACAAGCCUAUAUCUACCUGAUGUUCAUUUAAAGAGAGAAACAAAACAGAAACAGCAAAAGCUCAAAGAAAUUAGUGACAAGCUUAGUUUCUCUCGUGAUGUGAUGAAAUGUCAUGGUUCUUAUGUGAUGAAUUAUGAUGAUAAAGAACUGUUUAAGCUUGUAUACAGGGAAGCCAAACAUGGAAGACUCUUCUCAACAACAAGAACCACUCGCAAACAAGACAACCCUAUUGGAUUCCCACAUAGGCAUGAAAUAUGUCACUUUCGUAGACAAUCUGCAAAGAGCCCUGAACACAAACCAAACUCUUUCAGUGCCAUUGACAACAAAAUAAAACAAGAAUUAGAAGAUGUCAUACUCUCAUCGACAAAAACCCGCAGGCUAAGCAAAUUUUAUUCACAUGCAUUGCAGCAUACUGUAAAGUCUUUGCCAUCCAAUGACUGGGAUGAAUAUGUUUUAGCUUUGCUCAGCAGAUCAACAGCGACACUAUUGAUAGAAGAGUUGCCAAGUGGACAAACACAAAAUCGUUUGACGAACUUCCUAGGAAAUUACUAUUCAACAAAAAAGUGUGAGAACGACAAACAUUUAUUGCAUGCGACGACGCCUGAAGUUGAUGGAGGAGAGAAACACGACGAUUGUAAAUUGGGCAAUGAAAUUGAUAAAGCAUUAAUGGAAAUGACCGCUGAACCUCAUUGCUCUACAUCCAUCAGUGUGCCAACUGUCGUUGACGAUAAGAAAGUUUCAAAGAACAAUCUCUUGCAACAGGGAUUGAUGACAUUCAAUCGUUACGGACGCAAACAACAUGGGGGGAGUCUUCUUCACGAUGCAAACUCAUUUUUACGUUUCGAGAAGAAGCUUCAGGCGAAUUUUCCCGAAAAUCCUAAAAAAUGGUCCUUAGGAAGUCAUGCACGAAACGAUUUCAAGUUUUCAGCGAAACGAAAAGUCGUUAAGGGGUUACGACGCUGGAAUGAAUUGCCCUCGCUGCUUCAAGACGAUUCCUACACUCCAUCGUUUCAAACAUUUGAAAAACCUUCUGAGACAAAGCGUGAAGUUGAUCUUACAUCCGCUCACAAAAUAAGACAGAACAACAGCAUACUUCGCAUAAGUGAAGAGUGGCAAAAUAAGUGGCUUUUGGAAAAACGUUGGCAGUCUGCUAGUACCGAACAGCUCAUCCGAGGAAUGAAUGAUAUAAACGACCACGUUAGGCUGACCGCCGUUGCUUCGUGCAGUAGAGCUGUAGCACGGAAACAAAGGAAGAAAAACGAUCGAAGUUUUGUUGUGGAUCUAACGCAAGAUAACAACAACUGCGAUAAAGAGAACGUUACUAAAGAACUAGAACCUGAACUUCUUGAAUGCAUUUCAAAACUUCUUGAUGACAAGUGUAAACAAGUUCAGAUCACCGCUGCUAUUAUAUUAUGUUCAUACAAAUCUUCCGAACCAAAGGUCAUGGAAAUAUUGAAAGACAGCGUUCAAAACGGAAGUGAUGUUGAACGAUGGUUGGCUUCGCAAUGUUUGGCGCUAUCUGGAUGUUGUGCAGAUUACAUUAUAACGGAAUUACUUUCACAAACGUCCGGUACAGAUCUCGUAAGACAGGAGCAAGCCACGGUGUUGCUAUUAAAAUUAAGUCAUCAAACGUCAUUAGUUCAUGCUGUCGUAGCAGAACUGUUGAACAGUAACAGCUGUCAUGAUCGACUUGUCGCCUGUCGACUCUUGCCUCGUUUGAAAGGAUCUUUAAAUAAGGAUAUAGCUCAAAAACUCUCUUAUAUGAUGUGGAAUGAUUGGGAGAAUAGUGUAAAAACGGCGGCCGCGCAGGCCCUGGGACGAACAGGGAAUGGAAAGCUUGUUCAUGAUGCAUUAUUGGAACGACUGUCAGAUCACAAUGAAAGAACACAAACAGAUGCUCUUAGUAAGUUGGCGAACCUCGGUGUCAUGACUCCACAUUUACUUCCUGCGUUUUUGGCCUGUUUCAAAAGUGAAUUUGUUUCUGUUAGACUGCAAGCAGCCAAGGCUUCAGGUGAAAUAAACACUUCAGAUGAGCGAGUUCUAUCGGCUUUAUUGACCUUAGCAAAUGAAGAUUAUUCUUGGAAGGUUAUGGCUCACUCCGUCAAUGCUAUCGGUACGAUUGGCGUUGUCAAUGAAGACGUCAUAGAAAUGUUGAAUUGGAACAUGCGCUACAACAAAACCGCCGCUGUACGUGCUGAGGCGUGUAACGCAGUUGCAAGACUCGGUAUUAAAGAUGCCCGCACGUUGAGUGCUCUUCAGGAUCGAUUGAUCGUUGAAACAAACGAAACCGUGAUACGUGAGGCAGAGCGAGCCUUGAGGUGUUUGCAGAUUGCGUUCACCGGUGACUUAGAAAUGAUAAGCGCUAUCCGUGCUGAAGUGAAAAGACUUUGUGAGAAAGAAAACGUACUAAAGUCAAUAAUACAACUUGAAAAACACGAAGAUCACGAAAGAGAUUUCAAGCGCUUGAUUUCUAUCGACUCCAGCGUGCAAGAGAACCGCAAAAGUGAGUCAAAGACGAAAGGAUCUGCUAUAGCGAAUGUUGGCUGGAACCCAAUCCUUGCUGGCUUUCGUGCUCGUUCAGUUUUUUCCGAGCCAAGUGUGACCAAGACUGUGAAAAUGGAACGAUCACGUCUUCCAAUAGACUUGAACAGUGCCACAUCCGAAGGUAGUCAGAGGACUAAGUCCGAUCUUGAGACGGAAUAUUCCGAUUCUAUCCGAUCAAAAUCAAGGUCAACUCCGAACGACGAAAACAUUUACAACGAGAAAGUUGCAUCCCAUUUCAGAAACAGUCCUAAAUCAACAAGUAUUUAAUUCAGUAUUGAUCGAACUACAGUAACGUUGAAGAUGAGUUUUCACUUUUGAUGUGCAGUUUUAUGAUUAAAGCAAAGUUAUGUUUUCAGGAUA